AAGAUAGUAUGUAUCCGUUCCAAUUUGACCCCGGCAAUUUGCCCGUACAAAAUUCCCUUCCGCUGCCGUCGUACUCGGGAAACCAAAAUCCGCCGCCGCCUUCCCGAGCUCGGACUCGACAGCCAUGGCCACCCAACUAGGGCAACCGUCGCCGGCGGUGGCGCCGGCGAAGUAUGAUCCAGCGGCCACCUACAUCACUGCCAUCGGCGACGACCUCCUGCGCGAGAUCUUCCUCCGCCUCCCCUCCCUCCCCAGCCUCGUCCGCGCCGCCCUCGCCUGCCGCACCUUCCUCCGCGCCGUCCGUUCCUCCCCCGCCUUCCGCCGCCGCUUCCGGGCGCUCCACCCGCCCCAGAUCCUUGGAUACUUCACCGUCCACUACCGCACUGCCAUCCCUGCCUUCGUCCCCUUGCGCAGCCGCUCCGACCGGGACCUCGCCGCCGUGGUCCGCGGCUCCGAUUUCUUCUUCACCCGUCUACCGGAAGACGGCGACGACACUAGGUGGGCGUCCAAUGGCAAGUGCUCCGGCUACGUCUUCAUCCACAACCAGAGAACCGACCAGAGACAGAUCUCUGCCUACAACCCCCUCACACAGGCGCUGAAUGUCUUCCCCUACCCGCCUCAGGAGGCCUGCGAUCCCAGCUAUCUUGAUUUUCGCAUCAUCUUCUCGGAAGACGACCGGAGGUCGUUCCGUGUGGUAUGUGUCCGUCACCGCAGGCGGCGACUGAGGACGCUGGCUCGUUUAUCUGUCUUCUCAUCGGACAGCAGGGAGUGGCAGGGUUUCCCGUGGGUGGACACCUCAGUGCCGCAGCCUAGGGACGAUGGAGGUGAUAAGUGCUUGCUCUCGUCUUACACUGCUACCCCGGUGGAUGAAUUUGAUAGAUUAGUCUACUGGAAACACAAAAAUCAAGCAUAUAUAGUCGUCCUCAACGCUGCGACGUUGCAGUUAUCUCGAAUCGAUUUGCCGCCGCACUUGAAAGAUAUGGACUCCAUAGAAUUUAAGCUUGGUCCGACCAAGGAUGGGAAGCUCUGUAUGUCUUUCACAGAUCACUUUGCUGCAAACGAGGGAAUGCUCAAUGUUUGGUUUUGGAGAGCUGAUGGUGAUGGUGUUGAUAAAUGGAUGUCGCACAAGAUUUUCCCACUGAGCAAAUUUGUUGAUUUCUCUAUGUGUUCAGAAGAGUAUGCUGUCACAGCGCAGGUUAAGGGAGUCAUAGAUGAUUUUGUGCACCUGUCUGUUUAUUAUCUCAAUACCAAGUUCUUCCUAUCCUUUUGCCUGGAAACAGAGAAGGUCAACAAGCUCUUCGAAUAUGGACUUUGCGUUGAUCCCUACAUCAUGCCGUGGCCUUCUUCUUUGGUAUGCAACAAGGAGGAUUCAGAAACCGAAGUUACGGGAGACAGUGUGGUGGAUGAUUAUCAUGUGGGCACAGAAGAAACUCCCUCUGUUCUUCUCACAGCAUUGCAAUCAUAUAAAGAAGCUCUGAUUAAUGGCGAUGUGGCAAAAGCUGCAGAGAUAGAGGCAUUUCUACUUUCUAUCGAGGAUGAGAAGAAGUCUCAUAGUUGCAGAAUUGACAGCUGCUGGAGAUUGCAUCUCGAGGAUAAGUGCCUGCAUUGAUGGUUACAGGAGAAGGGUGCAGCAAGAGAGAAGUGAUGACGAGUUGACCCACUUUGCCAAUUGAAUCAGCCUCUUUGAAAUGGUCGUGCUGUAUUUCUUCUGAUGAGAUGAGCUUUUGUUUACAUGUGUUGGUACUUUGGUUUUCGGACGGUGUGGAGACAAAGAUCAUGUGGUAGUUUCAUAUAUAUGCUUGAAGGGGUAGCAAAGGAACACAGGAAACAUAAGUUCCACAUAAGCUACUGCUAAUGAGUGUAACCGAUUUAUGAGCUGUAUCCUCUUCACUGAAAAAAAUAGCGCGCUAUAGCGUAUUGAGAAUUGCCUCACUAA